AUGGCUUCUCUCCCCUCCCAACAUCCGUCGCUGGCUCUGCACCUCACAGACCGCGCACUCAACCCGAUACUCACCUCCGCCCACUCCCAAACUCAACUCGAGGCCCUUACUUCCUUGACAACAGCAUCCCUCACAGCUCAUUCCGCAGCGAACCGCUUCUCUCUCGGCCCCGCCCAGCGCAUCAUUGUCGAGCACGGCCCUGGCAGUCCCGUUGUCUUGGCUUCCUUCCUCAAUGGCGCAGAUGCCCUGCCCAAUGGCGGAGAGACCUCCGCUUCAGCUGCCGCCGCCGCCGCUGCGAAGAAGAACAACACACCUUCUGCCUCGAGGCCAGUCUCGUCGGGCGCGGCCACGGCCACAAUACCGACAGCGGAGUCAGCGGUAGCCGCGAACGCAGCACGAGCGGACGCAACAUCUCAUACAGGCAAGCAGGGAGAGGACGCGGAGAACGCCGCGCCUAUGCUUGUUGGGGUCGUCGUCGCAGCGACAGGCGAAGAGGCCAUGGAAGCGCGUCGCGCCGCAGGCAGGCUUGAGAGGGUAGGCAGGGAAUUCCAGCGGGAAUGGGCUGCAGAAGAAGCAGCCGGCGACGUGGAUGGCGGUGGUCAGUGA